AUGGCGGCCGAUGCCUUGACUGUUGAGACGUUCACUGAAUAUGGAAUUGGAAUGGCCUUCCUGACAGUCCGACUAUUUGCUCGAUUGCGUAUGGGAGGCCUUCGCGGGCUUCAAUUAGAUGAUGCAUUUGCUGUUGCUAGCAUGGUAUUUUGGACUAUGCAGACCGUGAUCAUUCAUUUGCUGCAGGUGUUCGGUAAUAAUAUUGGAUUGAAUGCGCAAACAGCCGCACUUGUCCCAGACAGCAAGAUACCCGACAUGAUCCUCGGAUCCAAGCUGGCCUUCAUGAACUGGAUUUGGUAUAUCUCCUAUAUCUGGUGUCUCAAGGGCGUUCUUAUUUGUCUUUAUUGGAAACUCACGCAAGGAACCUGGCACCGUCACAUCGUAACGGCGGCAGCGGCAUUCUGUGUGUUGACCUGGGUCGCCUGCUUAUUGACACACAUCUGCCUCUGCACUCCAGUAGAGCGAAACUGGCAGAUCAAUCCAUACCCAGGAGACAACUGCACUCUUCGCGGACCUUUAUACAUUGUGAUUGCCGUGUUAAAUGUCCUAACCGACGCUUGUGUAAUCCUGAUCCCAAUCCCCAUUCUUGCCAAACUCCAAGUCCCCAUUCAGCGCAAGAUCAUCUUAGUUGGGAUGUUCUCCUCGGGCAUCUUCAUUAUGAUCUGCACAAUCCUGCGCGCCCACUACUCGCUCUCAUCAAUAACGAACCUCGGCACAGCGCUGGGCUGGGCCGAUCGCGAAUGCUUCGUCGCCGCCAUCGUCGUCUCGCUACCGGGCAUCAAACCGCUCUUCCGCAACACACGCUGGCUGGGAUCGACAAACCGCAAGAACUCCAAAAACCCUUACUAUAACAGUGAUGCAUACAAUGACUUUGGAUCGAACAAUGGAAAGACGAAGACUUUUGUUUCGUCCCGGUCUCGAAAGACCGAUGGGUUUGAGCUGGAUAGUGUGCUUCACACAAGGAAGGCGAGUCAAAUCUCCGAGGCGGGGAGCGAGGAGUAUAUUCUUGAGGGAGAUCAGAGUGUGACGGCGGCUGGACAGCGGGAUCCUAUGGCUAUUCGGGUCACUACUGAGUAUACACUUCAGAGCGAGCAGGGGAAGCCGGAUCAGCCGAGAGCUUUAGGAGUGUAG